UACAAUUUUGUAUUAUAUGUUAUAGUUUUAGUGUAUACAAAAAUAAAAUAACGUUGCUACAAGAGCCAAAGUGUUUGAUCGAUUACGCAAUAUGCACUACAUAAUACAACUUAUUGGUAGGUACUCUAUCUCUGCAAGAUAUUACCUUAUACGUAACGCUGCAGAAGGUUGAUUUUAUUUACUCACUUAAUUGACUUAAAAAUAAUAAAAUGGCACCAAAAAAAAAUAAGAAAAAUAAUAAAUUGGCUCGAAUGAGUGACGAGGAAAAGUUGCGAUACUUGCAGCAUCGAGCAGCUAUAGAGGAAGAAACUAAACGACGGAAAGAACAAUUAAUCGCCACUUAUUUAAAGAACAAGUUGAAAAAAGAAGAAGCGUUUACCCGGUUAAAUAAUGCAAAACUUAACCAGCAAUGGCGACACAAUUUGCGGAAAAUUAAAUGCAAGGAGCUUAAAGACGAAAUGAUGACGAUGGAAAAUCGAUUCCAUAUCUUACUAGACUGCAAAAACGACCAUAUAGACAUGCUAUUGAAAGAUUUGGAAGACGCCGAAGAACAAAAUCUAAAACAAUACGGAGCACAUGCUGAAAUUGUAUCUCAAUUCUUGGGUAUCCAUGAAAAAUCAUUAGAAGAACUUCACGCUCGCUACGAACAUAAAAAACGAUUGUUGUUAGACGAGUUGAAACAUAACUUUAGGUGGAUGAGAGAUGUAUUUAGUAGAGAAGAUGAACGCUUGGACCUGAUGUCUAUUAUUUUCGAUGCACGAAAUGAUGAUGACACACAACAAAUCCACAUCAAUUUUGAAGACUCAAUUGCCGAGUUAAAUAACGAGAUGCUUUUCGAGAAAGAUAGAUUCACAAAAAUACGUUUCGCAGAGAUACAAACAACUAUAAAGAAAUUUCAAAAAGUCCUGGAUGACUACAGCAAUGAAACUGAGUCAAAAAAGAAUCAUUACAAUUAUUUAAAAAUGCGAGAUGAAGCUAACACCACAUCUAUCGAAGAGAACAACAAACGAAUUCACGAAUAUUCUGAAGAGAUUAAAAUGCUAACACAGCUGUGUACCAAACGUGAAGCUCAAUAUGCGCAACGAGAAAACAAAUUAAAACAGGAACGUGAAGACCUUAUAAAACGUUGUUUCGUGGCACAAAAUCAACUAAACGUUAAUCGAAACGAAUAUAAAAAUAAACUUGAAGCUAUGUCGAAAAUUUACAAAACCGUUAUUGACAAAUUAACAAGUGUUACAAAAAAGGGCGAUAGAAUAAUUAAAACUGCAGAAAAUUGUGCCAAACUAAUGGUAGACGAUGAUAACAUAGUCUGUCCCGACGAAGACAACCAUGAAGAAAAGUUCGAUAAAAUGUCAAAAUUCUGGAAGCGUUACGCUCGAGCAGACGUGCAAUGUCAAGAGCUCGACGUUAGACGAACAAAAGCCGCACAGGAGAACAAGGAUCUGAAAGCCGCUUUGACCUACUACUUAAAAACUAUUGCCCGGCCGGCAUCGGUGCAAAGGGACAUAAAAGACGGCGGGAUACAGUUGAACUUACUUCCAGUCAAAGCAGGUUGAGAAUAUGAAAUGUGUCAAAUGGUCUCGAUUAUACAUUAUAGAUAAUAUAUUAGAAUAGAAUUGUAGAAUACCUAUAUUGUAGUAUUAUUAACGUAUUUCCGAUUUCGUAACCGCUUGUAUAAUAAAUUAUUUUUCACAUUUUAGAUUCCGAUCUCGAGCUAAUUCGAGUAAUAUUUCGGUAUUAUAGUUAUGUGGUUUUUUUUAUGUACAGCGACACAUUUUAGGACUAAGAAAAUUCCAAAAUCUUUAAUACUGACAGCGAUUUCUUGUAGAAAACUAUAACUAUAUGAUAAGUAUUCAUACGUAAAGUCGAUCUUGUGGCUGGCAUCCAUUAUUUGCUAAUAUUUCAUUCAGUCACUGUUUAUAUAAAAUAUAUUACUAUGAUUAAGUGUGAUAGGUCAGUAGGUACUUAGUAAGCACAGUAAACUCAUUAUAUAAAUAUUAACUAUAUUUAAUAUACGUACUUCCAUACAACCAUAUUUUUUAUUAGGUUGUCUCAAAAAUCAUACAGGCUGUGCUUGAGAUCAGACACGGCGCCAAGGGGGCAAGGGGAGCUCCCCAGAAAACAAUUCAGCCCCUUCGCCAGCCCCACUACUAAAAAAUAUGCACGAUAUAAUAAAGUUAUAAAACAUUAUUUUUAAAA